AUGUUGCACAGACACGCAAUCCUCUAUGCCGCUCUGUGCAUGACUCAAGUAACCGGUGUCAUCUUCAAGCCAAUCCUCGAGCACCGAGGAAUCUGCGACCGAGGAGUUUACAUGGUAAAUCCACCUCGCCAAGUUUCCACCAGCGGCACCAGGGUGGACGUAUCCGAUGAGGGCUCCGAUGGUGACCAUGACAUACAUGAUAACUCUAGGACAGAUGCCGAGAGCAAUCUUCGAGUGGAUCCUACUAUUGUUCACUUUGGGGGCCGUGCUGGUGAAUGUUUGCCCUUAGCUAGCUCAUCUGCAUAUACAAGCUAUUCGGAGAAGAUCCAGGAAUUGAAUGGUGAUGCGGAGCACUGUCCUUGGGCCCCUUUCAAGACCAGGAUUGAUUGGGAGAUUGCCAAAUGGGCCAAACUCAGAGGACCCAGCUCAACAGCAUUUACGGAGCUCUUGGUGCGUGAGGCGCUAGGCUUAUCAUAUAAGUCCUCCAAAGAACUGAAUACAAUCAUUGAUACACGCAUUCCUGGCCGCCCCAAAUUUCAACACUCAGAGGUUGCGAUUGGUGAAGGUGUUUAUGACCUCUAUUCCCGUGAUGUUAUAGCAUGCAUUCGUGAUCUCUUUGGGGACGAAGAAUUUGCGCCACUUCUGGUCUUUACACCUGAACAGCAUUAUACCAAUGCUGACAAGUCAGAGCGUCUCUAUCAUGACAUGCAUACAGGCGAAUGGUGGUGGAAAACACAGGAAGCUGUGGAAGAGAAGACCCCAGGUGCUACCAUAGUCCCAAUUAUCAUCAGCUCAGACAAAACUCAGCUUACACUCUUCCGGAACAAGUCUGCCUACCCGGUAUAUCUGACUAUUGGGAAUCUUCCCAAGUCUAUCCGCCGCAAACCAUCUCGCCGUGGACAAAUUCUCUUGGCUUACCUUCCUGCUACUCGCUUGGAGCAGAUGUCAAAUAUCUCUGCCCGUCGUCGUGCACUAGCCAAUCUCUUCCAUGGAUGCCUUCAGUAUAUUCUUGCCCCACUAGAGAAUGCUGGCAAGAAUGGCAUUGAUAUGGCAAGUGGUGAUGGUGUUCACCGCCGAUGUCAUCCUAUAUUUGCUUGCUUUGUUGGUGACUAUCCGGAGCAGAUGCUUGUUGUGUGCUGUAAGCACGGAAGAUGCCCUAGCUGUGGAAUCCCACGUGAUAGGCUUGGAGAUGCAGUACUCGGCCCUCCUCGAGACAGAGACAAGGUACUGGAUGCCCUUGACCUGGCUGAAGAAGGUGGUGCACCAUUUAUACAGGCAUGUGAAGAUGCUGGAAUUAAACCAGUAUACAAUCCAUUCUGGCAACACCUCCCCUAUGUCAACAUCUUUCAGUCUAUUGUUCCUGAUGUGCUACAUCAACUUCUACAAGGUGUGCUGAAGCAUCUUAUUGCUUGGCUGAAGAAAGCGUAUGGCUCAGAUGAGAUCGAUGCAAGAUGUCGACGAAUGCCAGCCAGUCAUGGAAUGCGGUUGUUCACCAAAGGCAUAUCGUCACUGAGCCGAAUCUCUGGAUCUGAACACCGUGAAAUCUGCAAAAUCCUCCUUGGCCUCAUCGUCGAUCUUCAGCUACCGUCUCGCCUACAACCUACACGCCUUGUCCGUGCAGUCCGCAGCAUAUUGGACUUCAUCUAUCUUGCGCAGUAUCAUUGCCAUUCAGACUCAACUCUUGCUACUCUUGAUAAGGCGUUGCAGACGUUCCAUGAGAACAAGGCUAUAUUUGUUGAUCUAGGGAUACGGACCCAAUUCAACAUCCCAAAACUCCAUUUUGCCUCUCACUAUAGCUCCCUGAUUAUGGACUUUGGCACAACAGAUAACACCAAUACAGAAUCCACAGAGCGACUGCAUAUUGACUUUACCAAGGAUGCAUACCGUUCUACAAACAAGAAGGAUACAUAUCCACAGAUGACACGCUGGAUCGAACGCAAAGAGAAGGUUCUCCAUCACGACCUAUUCAUUCACUGGAAAAUCAUGCACUACUCUGGCCAAUCACAGCAGACUGUAACACAACCACCACAUAUCAAGCUUACCAAAGAGCCUUCGAAGAAAUCUGUCCACUUUGACAUUCUAGAAACUCAAUAUGGUGCCAAGGACUUCCUUUAUCACUUGAGCUACUUUGUAGCCAUCACCAACGAUCCUACUCUCAGUGCCCAGAAUGCUAGCCGUGCAGCAUAUACUACAUUUAUUCCAUUCACAUCUGUGCCAGUCUUCCAUCGCAUCAAGCUAUCUCACCAAGAUCCCCAUCAUUACUGCCCAUCACCCAAUCUGCAAGAUAAUUUGCAAGUUGAUACUACACGUCAUGAUACUGCCUUGCUCCGUGUUAAGGAGGAUAGCGGGCCAGGUGUAUCUGACUUUCGAGUUGCACAACUCCGUGUUGUCUUUCAGGUACCCAAGAAGUGGUGGUCUGCAACAUUCCUACCACAUAUAUCACCCCCAGAAUACUUGGCAUAUGUAGAAUGGUUUACGCCUUUCCGAAGACCACAUCCAGUUCAUGGUAUGUACCAGGUUGCUCGAUCAGUUGAGCAAGGGGUACGACAGGCAGAAGUUGUUCCACUUGACUGCAUUGAGCAGUCUGUGCAUCUGAUACCCAAGUUUGGGCCAAAAACAUCACGACAAUGGACUUCAAAUAAUGUCUUGGAUACUGCUACAGCUUUUUAUGUCAACUGUUUCAAGUCCUCGUAUGUGUAUAAAACUGUGUUCUAG